UAUGCUGAGGAUGUCUGAAGUUGGGUCCUAUGCAGCGCCUCCGCUACAGAGAGCGUGCAGCUUCACUAUGAGUGCAGUGACCUGUGAUGAUGUGCAUGUCGACUUCACUCAGGAUGAGUGGGCUUUGCUGGAUCCCUCCCAGAAGUGUCUCUACAAAGAUGUGAUGCUGGAGACCUACAGGAACCUCAGUGCUAUAGGCUACAAAUGUGAAGACCACAAUAUUAAAGUACAUUUUCAAAGAUCUAGAAGACAUGGAAGGCAUGAAGGAAGUCAUACUGGAGAGAAAGCCUAUGAAUGUAAUCAAUGUGGGAAAGCCUUUGCACAGCAGAGUAAUCUCCAAAUACAUAGAAGAACUCAUACUGGAGAAAAACCCUAUGAAUGUAAUCAAUGUGGGAAAGCCUUUUCACACCAAAGUAGUCUCAAAAUACAUAAAAGAACCCAUACAGGAGAGAAACCCUAUGAAUGUAAUCAAUGUCGAAAAGCCUUUUCACACCACAGUAGUCUCCAACUACAUAAAAGAACUCAUACAGGAGAGAAACCCUAUGAAUGUAAUCAGUGUGGGAAAGCCUUUGCACGUUACAGUCAUGUUCAAAUACAUAAAAGAAUACAUACCGGAGAGAAACCUUAUGAGUGUGAUCAUUGUGGUAAAGCCUUUGCAUGUCACAGUAAUCUUCAAAUACAUAAAAGAGCCCAUACUGGAGAGAAACCCUAUGAAUGUACACAAUGUGGUAAAGCCUUUUCACAACACAGUCAUCUUCAAGUUCAUAAAGCAACUCAUUCUGGAGUGAAAUCUCAUGUAUGUAAUCAGUGUGGGAAAGCUUUCGCACGUCACGCUAAUCUGCAAAGGCAUAAAAUCACUCAUACCGAGGUACAACAUUAUGAGUGUAAUCAAUGUGAGAAAGCCUUUUCACAAGUCAGUCUUCUCCAAAUUCAUAUAUCCAGGAGAGAAACCUUAUGAAUGUAAUCAGUGUGGUAAAGCCUUUACAUGCCAUAGUUAUCUUUUUAAAGGCAUGCAAGAAUUCAUAUUGGAGAACAAGUAUAUGAAUUUCAUCACUGUUAUAAAGUCUUUGCUUUUCACCCCAGUCUUUGAAUCUAUGAAAGAGUUUGUCGAAGAAUAAAAUCUGUAGGGUGUAAUACAUUUAUUAAAGCCUUCCUAUAUCAUGGUAGACAUUGAGGACAUGAAAGAACUGAGACUUGGGGAAUCUAUGAAUAUAAAGGAUUUGGUAUGAGCUUUUGUCAACAAACUUCUAUUUAGUUACACAUGAAGAAAAAUCUGACAAGUGUCAGCAAUCUACUCAAGCAUUUUAAUGUCCCUCUUUAAUUUAUUUGCACCUACAAUCCUAUGGACACAUGAGGCAACUUUUAAAGGAACUUAAUUUGGCUUAUGGUUCCAGAGUGAAACAGGCAACAUGUGAUAGACAUAAUAGCUAAAGCAGGAAGCUCAAAGAUGACAUCCUCAACCCAAAGCAUGAAGCAGAGAAUGUGAACUGAUGUGGUAUCAAGGAUUUAAAAUCUCAAAACCCACCACCAGAUUUCUUCUACAGGGUAGCAUUUUCUCAAGUUUUCUAAAUGAUACCAACAACUGAGAAGUAUUGAUUCUAUGACUUUGAAGCCUACAUGCUUAUUUUCUGUUAUAUGAAGUAACUCAAAAUAAAGAAA